CGCCACGGGAAAAGGGUGUAACCCAAAAGUUUUGGGAUUUCCUCACAGACUUUUUCUACAUAUAUAUAAAAUUCGCGUUAUACGCUGUAGCUAUAUAUAUCCUGUUUUACUACUAUGAUUACUAUUUUGGUUGAUUUCUAGUGAGCAGAGGAUGUGAAGUGCUUGUGCUAGUGUAGUGAUAAACGGAACAUUGACUUUUUCACGUUGAAGAGGACUAUUGGUUAAGCUGGCACCAUGAAACGCUCUCGGCACAGAUGGCUGGGAUGUAGCAUAUUUUGUGUCACAAUAGCGGUGCUGUCCCUAGAGAUCCCCACCACGUCGGCGGCGAGGGCUACCUCCCUCAUCUUCGCUAAGACCUCCACAACAACCACAGCAGCCCCCGAGCCUCCAAGCCCCACGGAAGAUGGAGAACAGUUAGAAACAACAGCGGAAGGAGCAGAGACCAACACCACCAGCAAACUCACGGGGAUCCCCCAAAUCGACUACAUCUACGACCCCAACCUCCCCCGAGAGCUGAAUGGAUACAAUCUCUCUAGCUACCCUUUCCUUGAGACCGUACCUCCACCAGAGAUGAUAGACUUCAAGUGUGACGGGUUACAUGACGGGUUCUACGCUUCAAUUCCUCAUAAGUGUCAAUUAUACCACCACUGCCUGUUCGGCACGCGGUACGACUUCCUCUGCGCGAACUACACGGCGUUCGACCAGAAGACCUUCAUCUGCCAAUUCGUCUCCGAAGUGGAUUGCAAGAACUCGGCAAACUAUUUCAGCAGGAACGAAGCUCUCUACAAAGCCGCAUCGACGACCACAAUCGCUCCCCCCACCACGACCACCACGACCACCACCCCCCGCCCGCACCCGCGGCCCCGUCGGCCUCAUAGAUAUGACUACUAUGAUGAUGAUUACUAUUAUCCCGCGAGGGAUGACUACGAUUAUGAAGAGAGGGGUGGUAGAAGACCCAGGCCCAGACCCCGGCCUCAAGGCAGGCCGGGAGGCAGGAAGCGUAGGCCAGUUGAUGACUACGAGGAUGACAGAUACGAACGUCGUCCGCGUCCAAGAGACGAGCAACCUGAAGACGACUACGAAGACAGGAGACCCUACGACAGGCCCAACAGGCCAGCCAAGAGACCUUACAGCGACAGGCGACCAUAUGAAGACGAAGAAGAUAGACCUAGAAACAGAAGACCUAGACCUAGAGACGAAGAAGAAGAGAGUUUCAGAGAAGAUGACCGACCAAGGUAUAAAGAUAGACCGAAUGAAAAACGCCCUCGUGAUGAUAUGAGGAACCGUGAUGAUCCUGGCCGAGAUGAUAUUAGAAAUGAAAAACCUAAGGAAGGCAACAGGCCUAGAGAUGAAGUGAAACCACGUGAAGAAAUAAGGCCUAGAGAUGAAAUUAAGCCCAGAGAUGAAAUUAGGCCUCGAGAUGAGAUUCGGCCACGCGAUGAGAUUAGACCUAGGGAUGAAAAAAGACCACGUGAUGAAGUAAGAUCGCGAGAUGAAAUAAGAUCAAGAGAUGAAGGUAAGCCCAAAGAUGAAGGAAGAGUUCGUGAUGAAAUAAGGCCGCGCGAUGAACGGCGACCAUCAAGGGAUGAAGGCAAACCUUCAAGACCUUAUUCUAAUGAAGGACGAAGGUAUAGAGGAGAUAGGGAGAAAGGCAGAGACGAUAGGCCUUACAGUAAACCAGAACCAAGACCAGAGAGAAAUGAUGAUGAUGAAAGAGUUCGUGAAGAAAGAAGACAGCCACCAACCGCUCCUGAAGGUCAAGCGUUAGUGAAACCUAAUGGCCGUGGUAUAUUUAGUCGACCAAGAAUGGCGCCAAAGAUAAAACGGCCGGUUCCAGCCACCGAGAAAGAUAAAUACGACUAUGUCCCCAUAACGACCACAAAAGCGCCGUUAAGAGCUGACGAUGAUGAAUAUUAUGAUGAUUACGAAGAAGAAGAUACCAGGAGACCAUCAUCAUCUGGAAAGAACAGUCAAAUUCAACAAAGGCCAAAACCUGAACCUGUAGAAAAGGAAAAAUUUAAGCCUUCAAGGCCACAUUAUUCUAGUCCAGCGCCUAAAAUUAAGAAAAGUAAAAGGCCAAUAGAUUACGAAGAUGAUGAAUAUUAUUAUGAGCCGCCUGUGAAAUCACAGAAAUAUACUUAUAAUCAAAGGAACAAAGAAACUCCUAAAGUUAAAGUUACUGAUGAAUAUUACGAUGAUUACGAAGACAGGCGAGACAGGGAUAGAGAUGACGUAAAGACAAAAGACGAAGAUAUUACUAGUAGGAUCAAAGAUCUGAAACCUAAUGUAAAAGUACUAAAGCGUCCUUUUUUACCGUCUAGGGGUGGUAGUCCCUACUUGCCUAGGGGCUUGCAACCAGUUGCUGGUAAAGACUUAACUGCGCCCCCGAACACCACCCCUAAACCCACCACUACUACUAGCACCACUACUACCACUACUACUACCACUACCACCCCUAAACCUACUACUACUACUACUACAACUAGACCCACUACUACUACAACUACUACUACAAGGCCCACCACAACCACAACAGAAGAACCAACAACCACAAUUACAACAGGAAAACCAACUACAACCGAACUGACAAAAGACGAUUACGAAGAUGACGUCGAAGAGUACUACGAUGAAGAAGAUAUAGAUUACGACAAAAAAGAAACUACAACAGAAGAACUAACGACACGCCAACCACCAACAACGCGCAAACCCAAAACAACACACAAACCAAUAACAACACAGAGACCAACGACAACAGCCGCCUUUGAACUGACAACUAAAGACCAAGCCAAAAACUUAGCCGCAAAAGUAUUAAGAAUAUACAACGAUCAAUACCACGCCAUAAAAGAAAAAUUAGAAACUACUUUGUCACCUGGAGAUUAUUUGAAACCUUAUUUAGCGGCUGAACAAGCUGCAGCGGAGGAAGAAAGAAGACAAGAAGAAGCAGAUGACUACAAUUACAGACCAACACAAGCACCAUUCAAACCGUCCCCUCAAUUACCAGAAGUAAAUCCAGAAAUUUCAAAGCCCUACACGGCUACUGGUAAACCUUUAAGAAUACCAGAGAACAUAUCCAUCAAACAGAAUCUAGCUGAUUCUAUCGAAAACGAUUAUGAUGUGACACUAAACGAGGCUAUAGCGCCUGUCCCUUCAAAUCUUAACGUUAGAAAUAACAUCCCAGGUGGAUUCAUAGUUCCCGGAGACAGGGACUAUACCUAUUCAAGAUUUAGAAGCAAUUUCCAACAGGAACCACAAUUCGCGGCUUCGGAAUUAAACAGCUAUCAGAUACGGAAAAGGCCACAGAUUUCAGGGGUUAGCAUAAGAACGCCAUCGUCAUAUUUCCUACAACCACAGAGAUACCCAGAUGGUAUACAAAGGCCGCAACGGCAUCUAGUUUAUGACCCAAGACCUCAAAGCCAUCCAGGCGUUUACCAGGCGUCGCAGUUUCAACUAUUUUGA